CCCGUUUUUUACGUCCUCUAAGCCUCCCCCGUUGUGGCUGUACUGGCAUUCGGGCACGGGCCUCAGAACGCGCCUUGGAGACAGGAAACAGCUGCGCCUGCGCCUGUCUCAAAAAAGUUGUUCAUGAUUUUACGGCCAGAUCAUCAAGAGUUGCUGGUAGGCAUUCCCCUCUGUGGACCACCAGCGCGAACGCCCAUUCUGGUUGUGAAGAACUGCUCAGAAAAAGUGUUGUCGUUGAAGAACUAAGUUCCCGUCCGCUAGUCUCACAGUGACACAGUUUUCGUUGUAAGCGAUGGCAUAGUCCAGACUGUAGUUGCUUCGCUCGCCCCUCAGAGGAAGAGAUUCUUUUCGGCGCUACACUUUCCUGAGAGAACCAAAGUUUACUCUAGUUUCAAAGAAGCUGCAUGAUCGCAAGAGAUUCUUUGUCGGGUUUUAUUUUUAUCAUUGUCACUCAAGUAUCUGUGUUCAUCGGCAGGCAACACUCAAAGAGCGAGCGGCACCCUGGCGUGACGGCCGACACACUUCAUGACCGAAUCGGCAAAGCACUCGCUUUCUGAGGAAUUGCCUCGUCGUUUUCUUCUGAACUUGAAAUAUUACGAGCACGCAUGUGCCUAUACACGUUCAUCGGUGCUGAAAUGUGUAGCCAGCGUUUCUCAAUGCAUCCCGAUCUACCUCUCGGACUCGUAUGUAUACUAACAUACGAAUUUAUAUGUAUAUUUCCACCCCUAAUUGUAUUUGUGCAUCCGAGUGUGCACGGACGACGGACGUGCAUUGCUAUGUUUUUUUCCGCGUGUUUCAUUAACUUCUGGGAUGCAUGCUCUGUAUUUUCGAGACUCUUGUUACAUCUGUGGUGCGCUUGUCAGGUUUGUCGCUUUCUUCCCCACCUGCAGUCCCUCUGACAUUGGAGCGGAACACGCGCACGACCAUUUCCACAUACUGUCUCUGUGAUACAUCUCUUUGUCUGCGAGGUUUCGUAUCGAAACUCGGUCGGUGCAAUAUGGAGACUCCAAAUAGUCCAGGAACCACGAGAAACUUUCGAUCUUCAACAGCAACGCUUCCUUCCAACUGCCCGCCCUACCUCGAGUCACCUUUGCUGGACCCGCUCAUUCUGCCGGGUUGCUGGACUUUCCGCCUCUUUCCGUACUACCGAGGCGAAGUGAAGAAGAACGCUCUGCGUGUCGAUCCAAGCCAUAAGCCUCUCAUUGCCCCAUCAUCCAGAAAGUUUACAGGAUGCGUCGCGCUAUUUCUCUUCGGGAGAACGGCGAUCGAAGUUAACAGCAGCGUGACUGUGUCCAUUGUGGAUGUGAAAGGCAAAACACUCCUGACUCGUUCGACAGGAAACAACUUCCAGCUGUUCACAGUCAAGCCUGCUGUGAUGAUGGGAUUCGAGGACUUUAUCAAAGACAAGCAGAGCGACUUGCUUAAGGCCGCACUCGGCGCAGACGGUGUUCUUCGCCUCCGAAUCGAGGUUCAGCUUUUCUGCUCCAACAGUCCAACCAUGUUUCUGCCUGGGAUGUUUCUCCUUCACGACGUGAAAAACGUGUUGACUUCUCUUGGGGGUCUCCUACCCACAGAGGAAGGCCCUUUAGCUGACGCUGUCUUCCUCGCCGGUCCAGGUGGCGAACGUGUCUACAGCAGCAAGUUCCUCUUGUACACCAGGUGUCCUGCGCUUCGCUCAUUACUGCACGACCAGGGGUCCGGCAUUGCUGUGAUACCCGAAGAGGAGUUUAGCGUCGACAUCGUUCGCGACUUCUGUUUUUACCUCUAUUUCGAUGUAUGCCCAAUUUUGCAAACUGUGAAAGACGAUGUUGUGAGCUGUAGGCCAAAACAGAGAAAGACAAAGCCGGGGAACACUCAUGUUGACUCACCCUCCGAGUUCGCCUUCUCAGUCGAAAUGCCCUCGGGCUCUGUUCUAGGGGCGGAUUCGAAUUCUCGAAUCAAGGCCAAGUGCAAAAUGGUAUCUAGAAACUCGUCCAGAGCUCCCACUCGAGCAUCAACGCCUCAACAUGCUGAUGGGGAGGUCUCUACACUGGCUUUCCUCCUAAAGUUGUAUCAGAUGGCAUACAAGUACGACUUCAAGUGUCUUUUCUCCGCUGUUGAGAGGGCAAUUGUGCCUCAACUGAAUAUCGUGACGGCGGGGUCCAUUCUUGAGGCAGCAGAGAGAUGCAAGGCACUGAACAUCACUUCUGCAGCGCGACGAGUCAUGGGCUUGGUGGAGUCUCCCGCAUCCGUUCGCCAGGUGGGUUUGUGCCAUCGGCCGGAGGAGAUUCAAGAGGAAACUCACGUGUCUCAUGGUGACUCCUCAGCUUCCAUACCUGAUGUUGUUUUCAAAAGACAAGACACGGAUUCUGCGGCUAGCAGCCACUGUCUUCCGGACGGAGUCAGUGCCGGCGGCUGCCCGUCUCCCGUGGUGUCGCACUAGAAGACUAACUGUACAGUGUGUUCCUAUUGUCUACGAUAAAACGAGGCUUCCUAUCUGAGUUUGGUGAGAUACGUGUGACCUGAAAAUGUGGCUGUUCCCAAGGCCACGCGGAAGCCGUGACAUGCGUGUACAGCGCUACAGACUCGACUGUAAUUUCCAUUCGACACAUACCAACAGUAGUGUAAAACCACCCAUAUUUUCCCUUUAACGUAACGAAUACUUUUGACGGAGAGAUGGGUGUCUUUGCUCAAUCUAUCAGCGGGCGUUCGCGAGGCGAACGUGUAAAGGUGUGGUUCGAGUGUUUUAUGGGACCAUUUGCCCAGAGUUUCGACCUGCGGGACCCCUUAACGUCCAACUAACGGGUUUACUUUCCUGUUUCGUUCAUGUAGCAUGUAUGAAUUGCUUACAUACAUGUAUAUCCCACCGGAAUUUUCUUAUCUCAAGAUUAUCCACGUUGCAAAGAGCUGCCGAUAUUCCAUUCGAGCACUUCCUUGAAACAUUUAAAACAGUCCUGUAAAGGAUCAUGUAUGAGGAAGGAAACGAUCGAGCGACAGGUCGCUCCCCAAUGUCACCAAACGGGACAAAGUCAGGAUGACGACCGUUGACUGCCUCUGAGUCUUUGAAAACGGUUGUCCUCGUUAGCCGUAAGGUAAUGUCAAACGCUGUUACGAGGGAUCCCACUUUAGAAAUACUACUUAUAUUAAAUAGUAUCCAGGAGCAUAAGGAGAUGCUGGCAUGCGGCGAAACUUCACAAAAUGCACCACGGAGGCCCGUCGUCGACAAAAGAGACAACUGGCGGCAGCAUCAUACCUGACGGGUACACAGAACCGUCAAAUUUGCCAUUCCCUUUGCAAAUAAUUGCAAUAAUUGUUUUCUUCCGCAUUUUAGCCAGACGGUUCUACGACACGAAGCUGAGUCCUGCAGGGAAACAAAUUUGCAGACACCCUCCCGUAUUCUCAGCCUGAUGUGAAAACACCAUGUGAUCCCUGCAAGCUAGGGUUGCCGACUUCGACUGGCUAAUAUCAAAUAUACUAUUUCUAAGACUGCCACGUAACUCGCUGUUCGUCCACAACUUAGUACGUGUUCUUCCACUUCUUCAGGUCAUUACACGCUCUUUAUAUGUCGGUUCCGUGAGGGAAACGUGCACUUAACCAACUCGGCGGCGAGCGUACAUACACCACAGGAGUUGGAUAUGCAGCAAAAACUUCUGUUGCUCGCAUAGGCGCGAGUCACAGCAUCGGGAUUCGUAACCUGAAACGCACCGUAGGCUUGACAGUUACGACGACCAACUGUCCCUUUUCAAGUCUUGGUUGUUCUUUCUUUGCCUUUUCUCACCAAAAGACACAACUUGCCACGGUACAAAAGUGUGCGCCAUUCUGUCAGUAGAUCACAAGAGGCGGAUACGAUCUUCAACACAGAAAAGCCAACUAUCAGAUGCCAGCUGCCUCGAAUGGAGAGGUUUCUGCCAGCAUCCUCCCUCGCAGCGUUAUCCGAGGUGAUAAACCAUACCCGUCUUCCGGUGGAUCUACAGAAAGUCUCAAGCCGCUGGCAUUGGAAUCGCCGGACUACCACUUCCACAUUUUUCGUACAUACCUCGUCCCGCGACCCGCAUGAAACCGUCCGACCUCAGCUACACAACCGUGACGCUCCACGAAAUCCACUCGCGACUCGCUCUUCCGCCUUCUCCGGCAGUUUCUGUGCCUGCGUACUUCCUGCCGCCUUCUCUCUCCACACAACUCCACCGUCCAAACUGACACCGCUCCCCGCCUCAAAAAUCCGCAGCUUCCUCCGUCCUCUAUGUCCAUAUUUAACCAACUAUUUCCCUCCUCUGGUACCACGCUUUACAUCGGUUCCCUGACACUGACGCCGAUGGUUUCGAGGCGUUGCAUCAAGUCUCGGCCGUUGGGCAUGCGGCCACUGUCGAGAGUGGACCACAGCAAGUUUUCUCCGAUGAAAAUUUCGAACGCGUUGUUCGGAAUCAAGACAGACCGGACGACCUGCACGCCAAAGAAGGCCGUCACGAUCGCCGCCACGCGGUUGUUCUCCAGCGCCUCAGCCCACGGCGGGAGCUGCUCUGUCUGUGCACCUCUUUCUUCGCCUCUCUGCUGAGUCAAACCGAGAGUAGAACAUAUCGGCCGCACAAAGACAACGAGGGCGAGUGCCGCCCAACUCAGGGCGUCCAGCAGCCGUCCCAGAGCCUGGUGAAACAGCGAUGGCUUGUACUCGACGGCAACGAAACGGAAGCCAGGCAGGUGACUUAGCUGGAAGCUGAGGAACUCCGCGAGCUGCCUCAACGCUCCCGCCGAAGAUCAGGACGUGCAGAGUUGGACCGUCACUUGGUGUGGACUGAUGCCAGUGGGCAGAGGGUUGUGUGGCGUGAAGAACCGGUCAACCAAAGUCGAGGGAGCGCUCUGCAUCGGUGCGUGAUUCCCCGACAGAAACAGCCCAUCGAGCACCGUCCCCAGAGGCAGCGACAGCAGCAGAACCACCGCUGCGACGACCCACGUCGAAGACGAAGACGGUAAUGGGGAAGAAGUACCGGGAGAAACUGUCGAGGCGCCUCCCCCUCCAGAGGGGGCGGCGCCCUCAGAAGGCACCAUGGUGUCUGCGGGAAGGUCCACAGCUGAGUGAGAAGUGCGUCUUUUGAGGACUGUGAAGGCAAGAAUUCAGAAGGGUAAAAAUGAAAAACGACGAAAUCCUGAGAACUCUCGGGAGAAACCUC